AUGGGCGAAAAACUGGGAAACUACCUUGGCUCUUUCAUCAUGGUGGAUCGUGGUUUGAAUGGGGACUAUUUGGGUAGUUUCUUGCACAUCAAGGUAGGGGAGAAGAUAUCGGAACCUCUGAAGCACUGUGUUACGCUUCGUUUAGCAAUUGAUGAACCAGCAAAGAAGUAUGAGAUCGAUAUUAGGGCAGAGAAUGGUUUGACAGGGAAAAGGUUUGGGUUGGUAGGGGAUGGGACACAGUUGGAUCAUAGUGUUUCACCCCCAAAGGUGGUGGGUGUUGUUCAUCCAUGUGAAGCAAUGGUAAACCUUCGGGGAGAGACAGACAUGGAGGAUGAUGGUUUGGGGAGCGAUCCUGUGCUACAUCUUUUCAAAAAGAGAAGAUUAUUUUCCAUUGAAAGAGAAGGUCAUACCUCUACAACAUUGGUGGGGGAGGGGCCAGGAGACACUCAUACUAGUCUAUUAGUGAGUUUCGAGGUCCCGAGGAACAAGGAGGUAAUGACAGAGUUGCCAGAUAAUAAGAUUGUGGAGAAGGCAUCAGUAGACAGUGACUAUAUCGAUCAAUAG